CCACACUGCUUCUCACUGGUGCCCAUUCUCCUCCAUUCGCUUUGCUAGCUAGCUAACAGAGUCCCCCGUCGCAGCAGCAACAUCAGGAUAGCUUUGCUAGCUAGCUCGGUCCAGUACGUCGUCUCGGGUGAGCCAGAGCAGAUCGAUGGCGCUCUCUCGUCGCAUGGCCGCGUCCGCCCUCCUCCUGCUGGUCCUCCUCGUCGCCACAGAGAUGGGGACGACGACGACCAAGGUGGCGGAGGCGCGGGACUGCCUGUCGCAGAGCUUCAAGUUCAAGGGUGCGUGUCUCAGCAGCAGCAACUGCGCCGCCGUCUGCCGCACCGAGAAGUUCCCUGACGGCGAGUGCCACAGGCAGCACUUGGAGCGCAAGUGCUUCUGCAAGAGGCCCUGCUAGUUCGCCCGCGCGCCGGCCCCGCCCUGCCGGCCAGCACCGAGACGUCCCAUGCUAGCUCGAUCAUCCGUGCCGUUAGCUUAUAUUUGUUCCGUUCGCCACUGCGUCCACGUUCGUCGCUACUUGUUCGUGUGUCCCGCUCGGCUCGGUAGAACUAAUAAAGUAGAGAACCAAUCGGGGUCUCGCUAGUUUAGUUCGCUGUGCGUCCUGUUCGUUGUCACCUGAUUUGUGCGUGGCGAUGUACUCCAUUCAGUAAUAAAUAUGGUCGUUGUUUCAGCA